CUAUUCUGCUGGCUAUCUUGAACUCCGCCGACUUCUCUCUCCCCCCCUCGCCUGCUCAAAGCUAGGGCCUUUCAUGCGACCGCGACACCACCGCCCUCACCGCGGCGGAGGCGCCGGCGCCUCCUCCGCCGGAGCACCCUACUUCCAGCCCAACUACUUUCCUCAAAACCCCAACCCUCAAUACCAAUCCAAUCCCCAAUUCUAUCAACAACAAAGCAAUCCCCGGUUCUACUUCCAAAACCCUAAUCUCCAAAACCCCUUAAUCCAGAACCGUCUCAAUGUUUUCCCUCAAACCCCUAAUUUCCAAAGCCUCUACAUUCAAUCCCAGGCUGCUCCUCCUCCUCAUCGUUCGCCUCAGCCGCAAAAUGCCUCCCUAAACCCUAAGGUGACGGUGGAGAGGGUCGAGAGCGCGGCUGCGAAGGCUCAGAGGGAUCUCGCCACCGCUGGUGAGAAUGUCACGGCCUGGAAAGUCUCGCAGGCCACUCUGGUUUCGUUGCAGGUGGAUUCUUGGAGCGCGGUAGGGUUUCAGCUCCAGGAAGUUCCGACUCUUUGCCGAUUGCUGGCUAUUGAAGGAAAGAUAAAUGCAUUUAUACACUGCUUUGUCGGUGUGCAAAGCAUUACAACUGUAUAUGACUUGGAGGUGGCAAUAUGCAAGAAUGAGGGUAUUGAACGGUUUGAAGAGCUUGGCAUGGGUCCUCUAUCUUGCUACCCUCUUGUGCAACAUUACUUCUUUGUUGGUUCAGAUUCUGUUGAUAUUUUCAAAAUAUCAGCUGAGGACGUUAUAGCUUCCUUGCAUAGCUUCUUGAUGCAGUGCAAGAGGAAAACAGUGUCAGCAGAGGAGUUGUUAGACUUUCUUGCAGAGCAGAAGUCACUUCCACAUAAACAAAAGCUUGGUGUGCGGAUUCAGAACUUGGGGUUGCAUGUAGCGUACAUCCGGCGAGGCGAGCAAUCAGAAAAGACUAUUCUCAAUAAAUCCCUGAAGGGUUUCAAACAUAAGUUGAAAGAAAGGUCUUUCAGAAAAGGACAGACUAAAGGACAAACUAAGAAGAAGAAACGGAAGCGUCGAGAGAAUCAUGAUAAUACUAUGAACAAAUUUAUGAGAAAGGAAGAAAUGAUCGACGUCAAAAGGCAAUCGGAUAGCAUUAAAGAAAUGAUCGACUUCAAAAGGCAAUCGGAUAGCAUUAUUAUUGUUGAUGGUUACAUAGAGGAUUUCUUAACAACAUGGAAAGAAGCUUGUCGAGAACAUUCUGCUGCUGAGGUCCUUGAUAUGAUGAUUAACUUCUAUAUGACAUCAAGCACUGAAAGAAAGAAGAGACAGAUUCAGAUGAUAUUCUCAACCUUGCCUGGUUCUGGAUUGCUAAAUGUUGCUGUAACAUGCAUUAAACGUGGAUUGUUGGACAACAUAUACGAUACCAUUCAAAUCUUUGGUGAUCAUGAUUCUGCCCCUUCAGCUGAAAUUGUAGAGAUCAACCCUUCAAUACAAAAAAGUUCAGCAUCAAAUAAUUCCAAGAACAUCGAUGAACUUGGUUACAGAGUUACUGCUGAUGAUAUCAUUAAGAAUGUCACCGAGUUUUUUAGACUUGAUGUCACAAUGCCUGGUAAAAGAGAAUUAUCUUCUGGGAAAAUAUUUGCAACCUUGAAAAAGCUGUGUGAUUGCGAAACAUGGUUGGCAGCUCAAUACUCGGUCAAGGAAAAUGAAUUCAGUUCUCUUGGCUAUGGAAAUUUCUUUAGCUUUCUGGAACAUCAUGCAUCUCUGCUUCCAACUGAACUGCAUAACUUCCUUAAUGGAAAAUCUCUUGAGCCAUCUCGUGUGGAUGCAUCAAUGCUUCAACAUCAGCUUGGGAUUUUGCUAUCUCAAGCUGAGAGUAAUCUGGUUGACACAGGGAAUAUAUCUAAUUCUGACAUCUCUCUGGUUCUCAAUAAACAAUUCCCAACAGUCAGUUUCCACAUACCGGGUGAUGCACCUGAGAAAUACUUUUUGGACCUUAUUAAGAGGCAGAAAGAUUACAAUAAUUCUACCUGUGUCCUAUACUCCAUAUCAUUAUUGGGGAAACACUCGAUUGGGAACUUGUCGCAUUUCCAGGAAAACCUUCCAUCUAGAGGUAAUUGGACAGACGUUGAAACAGGCCAGCAUAUUUCUUUUCACGGUAAUGCCUCCUCUAAAGAUGCUAUUGACUGCUUACUCAAGGUACCGAUGUUAUCUGAUUUGCUAUCUUGGUCGCACUGGGAUGUCCUAUACGCUCCCUCACUUGGGCCUCUCUCUGAUUGGUUGUUAAAUGAAGUUGAUGCUAAAGAAUUAUUGUGUAUUGCCACAGUGGAUGGAAAAUUUAUUAGAAUUGAUCAAUCGGCUACUGUUGAUGAUUUUUUGGAAGCUAUGAUUCAAAAGUCACCAUUCCAAGUAGCUCUGAAAUUGUUGUCUAUAUUGUCUUUAUAUGGAGGAGUGCACAAUUCUCCUGCAACUCUUCUCAAGUGCUAUGUACAACGAGCAGUUGAUGUCAUAAUGGCAAACUCUACUAAUUCAAUGGAACUAAGGACAAAUGGGGAAGCUUUGAUGCAUAAAAACACAUUGAAAGAGCAAGACACUCGUGAUAAGGUCUCAGCUAUUGGUAUUCAAUCCAUUGGUUCUAAAAAAGCAAAUAAAUCCAUAAACAUUCGCAGUACACUAUCUGAGAAUUUGUGCGGAAUCAAUAACGCUGUUGUUAAUGUUUCUAGAUUUGUCCUUGAGUGCCUUGGCUAUUUGCCUUCAGAAUUCAGGAGUUUUGGAGCCGGUGUCUUGGUCUCAGGGCUUCUGUCUGUUGCUAAAGAUGCACAUUCAGUCGUUUUGCGUGAAUGCAGUCAAACUAGUCAGCGUCUCAUGCUUCAUGAAAUUGGAUUAUCACUUGGAAUAGCAGAAUGGGUUGAUGAUUUCCACAACUUUAGUUCAACAGUUGCUGCCGAUUUGUUUCUCUCCUCUACAACCUUAAAUAGAACUUCAUGCUCAGGGUCAGGUGGAACCUCGAUUCAUGCAAGAGACAAGUGUGAAAAACCUGUAUCUGACAGUUAUAACAUCUCUGACAUUGUGGCUGAUGCUUCACAGGAACAUGUGAACGAGUUGUUUACGGGAGAGAAUGUUGGAGAAAUUGAUCAUACUUUGACGAAUGGUCAUGGGAAAAGCCAAGCUUUUAAUGGUGCAGUAAAUAAGAAUUAUGGUGUUGCUGAAAAUAGCGUAAUCCAAGAUGCAACUUCUAUAAUUGAAUCUAUUCGAAGUGAAGAGUUUGGUCUAGACCCUAAUCUCAAUAAUUCUGACAGCUGCAUGCUAAAGAAGCAGCAUGCUCGCCUUGGAAGAGCAUUACAUUGUCUUUCUCAAGAACUAUAUUCACAGGAUUCACAUCUUCUGCUGGAGCUUGUACAAAAUGCAGAUGACAAUACUUAUCCUGAAGAUGGGGAUCCCACGCUAGUAUUCAUUCUUCAGGAGUCUGGUAUUGUUGUUUUAAACAAUGAAAAGGGGUUCUCUGCUGAGAACAUAAGAGCCCUUUGUGAUAUCGGGAAUUCAACGAAGAAAGGAUCAAGAGCAGGUUAUAUUGGACAUAAAGGCAUCGGGUUCAAAUCGGUAUUUCGGGUUACAGAUGCCCCGGAGAUCCAUUCAAAUGGUUUUCAUGUGAAAUUUGACAUAACCGAUGAUCAGAUUGGUUUUGUUUUGCCUACUGUAAUUCAACCUUGUAAUGUUGACAUGUUCAGGCAGCUAGUAUUUGGCGAAAAUCAUUCAACUGCUGAUACCGAGUGGAACACUUGUGUUGUGCUUCCUUUCAGGUCUACAAGUAAGGUGACAGGGGUGGCCUCCAUAAUGUCCAUGUUUUCAGAUCUUCAUCCAUCCUUGUUACUAUUCCUACAUCGGCUUAGGUGUAUUAAAUUUAUGAACAUGCUCAAUAAGACGCUUGUUGAUAUGAGAAGGGAGAUCCUUGGUAAUGGCAUUAUAAAGGUUUCUCAUGGUCAGGACACAAUGACUUGGCUAGUAAUCAGUAGAAAGUUGUCAGCUAAUCUCAUUCGUUCUGAUGUACAAAGUACAGAGAUAGCCGUUGCUUUCACCCUAGAGGAAUGUGAGAGCGGUGAAUACAAGCCUCAUCUGAGCCAGCAACCUGUUUUUGCUUUUCUUCCACUAAGAAAUUAUGGGCUGAAAUUCAUUCUUCAAGGAGAUUUUGUUUUACCUUCUUCGAGAGAAGAAGUAGACGGAAAUAGUGCUUGGAACCAGUGGUUAUUAACAGAAUUUCCUGCAUUGUUUGUUACUGCAGAGCAAUCCUUCUGUUCUCUUCCUUGUUUUCAGCAAUAUCCAGGAAAAGCUGUGACCACUUUUAUGAGUUUUGUUCCUGUGGGAGGGGAAGUACAUGGAUUCUUUUCCCCUCUUCCUCAGAUGAUAAUUUCUAAAUUGCGUAUGUCAAAUUGCUUACUUUUGGAUGGUCCUGACCUGAGUUGGGUUCUGCCGUGUAGAGUUCUCAGAGGUUGGGAUGAGCAGGUUCGCAUGCUUGUAUCUGAUAGCUUGCUUCAAAAACAUCUUGGUCUUGGAUAUUUGAGCAAGGAUAUUGAAUUGUCUGAUGCAUUAGCAAAGGCACUUGGUGUUCAGGACUAUGGACCCAAAAUCCUAAUUGACAUUAUUUCAUCUCUAUGUUGCUCAAAAGACGGUAUUAUGCCUUUGGGCCUUAAAUGGAUUUCAGCAUGGCUUGGUGUUCUUCAUUUGACACUAUCUACUUUUUCUUCUGGAUAUCAUUCCUUAAAUUCUCGAUUGCAACAUGACAUGAUUAAUUCCCUUAGAAAAGUUCCAUUUGUUCCACUUUCAGAUGGCUCAUACAGUUCUGUGGCCGAUGGUCCGAUAUGGUUACCUUGUGAUGGUUCCAGUGUUGGUAUGGACGAUAAAUACAGUGCCACAUUAUUUCGCAAUCUAUUUGCCAAACUUCGUACUGUCAACCCUCUCCUUCUCUCAGCAGCCAACAACACGUACGAAGAGGCCAAAAACGAUAAUCUUGUGCACAUGUUGUGCAAGAUUGGUGUUCAACCGAUGUCAGCACAUGAAGUCAUAAAAAGCCACAUUUUAGUAGCCUUGUCUAGUGAUAAGUACAAAAAUGAAGAUAGACAUUUGAUGAUUGAAUAUUUAUCAUUCAUAUUGCUUCAUUUUCAAUAUGAUUGUGCAAGAUGUUCCUCUGAAAAGAAAGACAUAAUAUCAGAAUUACAGAAAAGACCUGUAGUACUGACAAACUAUGGUUAUAAAUGUCCAGUCGAUGAGCCAGUUCACUUUGGUAAGGAAUACAAGAAUCCCGUUGAUAUAGAUUUAUUUACUUGUAAUAUGGACAACAAAUGGCUAGAAGUUGAUGUUGCUUAUUUAAAGCAUCCUACUACUCAGUCAUUAUCAUUUGGGGAGAAGAAAUGGAAAUCUUUCUUGCAGGAAUUAGGAGUCACCGAUUUUGUGCAGGUCAGUUGCAUCAAAAGGGAUUUAUCAGAUAUUCCAUAUAUUAUCUCCGGUGUUAUGAUGCCUGAUGAAGACCUUACUAUUGCGGCAUCAUCGGUCAAUGAUUGGGAGUCGCCUGAGUUGUUUUAUUUCCUGUCUACUUUUUCCUCAAGAAGAUGUCGAGAAAAGUGUAUUUACCUUUUGGAAGUUCUUGAUAAAAUGUGGGAUGAUACUUAUAAUGCAUAUUCAAAAAGUUUCCUUGUUUCCAAAACCAAUGAGGGUAAGAGAACCAUCGAAUCUUCUUUCAUGAGAAGUCUCUGUGAGUUUGAAUGGGUAGCAUCUAGCACGGACAAGAAUCUGCACCGCCCUCAAGAUCUUUUCUAUGACUGUAAUGAAGUACGCUCUAUUUUAGGAAAUCUGGCCCCAUAUGCUGUUCCACAGGUAACAAGCAAAUUGCUUCUGAAGGAUAUUGGGCUCAAGACUGAAGUAUCAGUAGAUGAUGCUCUAAAAGUUCUUCAUUCCUGGAAAAUGUCUAAAGCUCCUUGUACGACAAGUAUUCUUCAAAUGUCAAAGUUUUAUGGUUUCAUCUGUGAUGGACUCAUGAAAUCAAAUGUAAAGAUUGAUGAAGAAUUCACAUCAAGUUCUUUCAUAUUUGUUCCAUUUCUCAGUACCUAUAGACACAAUGACGCAUUGUCUGGUAUAUUUUUGUCACCUAAAGAAUUGUAUUGGUAUGAUCCAACUGGUUGUGUGGACAAGGCUAAGGAAUUGCUAGCUUUUUGCUCGUCAACUAAGGACAACGAGUCUGUUCCCUGCAAGGCAUUGGCUACUAUCUACCCAUGCCUUUAUGACUUUUUUGUAAAUGUAUGUGGGGUGCCGAAAACCCCUCCAUUCGGUAAUUACCUUCAGAUACUUUUACAGUUAUCAUCCGCUGCACGACCUUCUCAGGCAGCUCAUGUGGUUUUUCAGGUGUUUGUGAAAUGGGCCAAUGAUCUAAAUUCAGGGUUGAUUAAGUCCAGAGAAAUUCUUGACUUGAAAGAGAAUCUUCUGAAAGUGGAAAAUACAGUGCUUCCAACGUUGCAGGAUAAGUGGGUGUCUCUCCACCCUUCGUUUGGUCUUAUAUGCUGGCCUGAUGAUGAUGAAUUGAAGCACCAAUUUAAGCAUUCUGAUGGUAUUGACUUCUUACACUUUGGUGAACUCAGUAAAGAAGACAAGGAAAAGCUGUGUGGAAGAAUUGCAGCACUAAUGCGUGAUUUAGGUGUUCCUGCUCUUUCAGAGGUUAUUUCCCGUGAAGCAGUAUUCUAUGGUACACAUGACAACAGAGACAAAGCUUCUCUGAUAAAAUGGAUUCUUCCAUAUGCUCAACGUUAUAUUUAUAAGCUCUACCCAGACUUGUAUCUCAGCCUUAAGCAGCUUGGAUUUGAGAAGCUUAGCCAUCUACAAGUAAUUGUAGCUGACAAGUUAUUUUAUAAAAACUAUAUUAAAGGACGAGGGAGCACUUCGAAGAAACGAUUUGAAUGUUGCUGCCUUCUGCAGGGAAGCACUCUGUACACAACCCUUACAGCAGAUUCUCAUUCCAUAUUCUUGGAGCUCUCGCGCUUUUUUUUCGACGGGUCCACUGAAUUACAUUUUGCUAAUUUCCUUCACAUGGUCACAACGAUGGCUGAAUCAGGGUCAACCAGUGAGCAAACAGAAUUCUUUAUACUAAAUAGUCAAAAGGUUCCUAUGCUACCCACUGACGAACCUGAAUGGUGCUUUUCAUCAUUACUGGAACUUCCAAACGCUGAGGAUCCACAGCCAGCCCUUGCUUCCAUGGAUGUUGAUCAUAACACAGCUGAGAAGAAACCGGGCAGCAAUCCAAAUUGGCCACCUACGGGUUGGAAAAAUGCCCCAGAUAUGAGUUAUGCUCAAGCAAAUUAUCACCUCACAAAACCAUGUGGAGCCCCAUCCCUCCACAAAGAUAAAGUAUCCAACAAAGCUCUUGAUGCUAUUCCUCUCACAGAGGAUAUCCCACUACCAGAUGAGAUCGACGGGGAAUGGAUUAUAGAGGAGAGCAAUACUGCACAGUCCACGAUAGGAUUUCAUGACUCCGGAUUGAUGAAUAACCAGUUUAAUUUGUUCAGUUCUGAACCAAACAAUGAUUUGAGUGACCCAUUAUUGGUCUCUGCCCCAGAAAGGGUGAGCCUUUGUUAUCAAACUAAUGAUGGGAGUCGGUUAUGGAAGACUGGAAGAACAGGGGAGGUAGUUGCAUAUAAAUACUUUGUCAAUAAACUUGGUUCUGGAAAUGUGAGAUGGGUUAAUGAAGGAGCUGAGACUGGAUUACCAUAUGAUAUGAUUAUUGGAGUGGAAGGAAGCAGUAGGGAGUAUGUUGAGGUGAAGACCACGAGAUAUGCAAGCAAAGAUUGGUUCGAGAUAUCAGCAAGGGAGUGGCAGUUUGCAGUUGAAAGAGGUGAUUCUUACAAUAUUGCCCAUGUUGUGCUGGGAGCAAAGAAAGCAACAGUUACUGUGCUUAAGAAUCCGUUGAGACUUUGCCAACAAAAUGCAUUGCAUCUUGCUCUGUUGAUGUCAAGGCAAGCGAAAGAUUCGACCGUUGUUACUUAGAACAUGGGAUUCAUUUGAACUAAUGCUUAGUUAAUAAGCUGAGGGGUGAUGAAUGUAGAUUUAGCCAUUGUUUAGGUAUAGAUGGUGAGUGUUCAUCCUACUCACCAUGAGUGUUGUAUUUAUUUUAAUUUUGGAUUUAUAUAGAAAAAUUGUAAAUAACAACCUAUGUGCAGAAUGCAGUGGAUGUUUAAUCAUGUUAAUCUUCCAUCACAUGUGAAAGAUCCUGCUGGACUUGCUCUGCGACUCUACUGUCGGAGGUUAAAACAUUUAUUUAUUAAUCUUCAGCAGGUUAAUGUUGCAGUU